AUGACUGAUGGUGGGCCUGCGAGUCCGCGGAAGAUUCGAAUAACAGUCAUCGCCGCGGAUGGUCUUUAUAAAAGAGAUGUCUUUAGAUUUCCCGAUCCGUUUGCUGUUGUCACCGUUGAUGGAGAGCAGACUCGUUCAACUGCAGUGAUAAAGAAAACUUUAAAUCCAUACUGGAAUGAGUCGUUUGAUUUACAAGUUUCCGAGUCAUCAAUAGUAGCCGUACAGAUAUUUGAUCACAGAAAAUGGAAAAAGAAAGACCAAGGAUUUCUCGGCGUAAUCAAUAUCAAGGUUGGGGAUGUAUUAGAUAUCGGGCUGGGUGGAGAAGAAAUGCUCACUCGAGAUUUGAAGAAAUCGAACGAAAAUGUCAUGGUUCAUGGAAAACUAAUAGUCAAUCUCACUACCAACAUCGAUACCCCCAUCAGGGCACCAAACCAGACCACUGCGGUUCGACCGACUUUGCCUGUGCCAGGAGGCUCGAAUAAUGGGCAGUCUUCUCCAGCUGGGGGAUCUGUAUAUAACUCAGAUUUGGGUCGGCAAUCAGCAGUCUCUGUGGCCAGCCCAGCACCCCAAAGGGCGCCGUCGCAGACGCAAGCAAAUGGAGCACCGACGACAGCACAGCUUGCUGCACCCAAUGGGACCGCAAGAAAUAUGAGCUCGUUUGAGGACAAUCAGGGACGACUACCUGCUGGCUGGGAAAGACGACAGGAUAACUUGGGAAGAACGUAUUAUGUUGAUCACAAUACUCGAACAACCACUUGGAACAGGCCUUCCACCACAUACAAUGAAACAGAUCAACGAGCUGCCAUGCAACAAAACACUGAUCUUGAGAGGACGAGGCAUCAGAAUCGAAUGCUACCAGAGGAUAGAACUGGUGCAAGUUCUCCCACCCCAUCAGCGUCACAGUCACAAGAAACACACUCGAAUAAUACUAGUCAAGUAUCAAUGAUGGCGACGGGGGCCACUACAGCUGGAACUGGUGAACUUCCUCCAGGUUGGGAACAGAGACACACGCCAGAGGGGAGGGCCUAUUUUGUUGAUCACAAUACCCGCACGACAACAUGGGUAGACCCUAGGAGGCAACAGUAUAUUCGUAUGUAUGGGAACAAUGCAGGUGCACAAAGUAUUCAACAACAACCAGUCUCCCAGUUGGGACCUUUACCAAGCGGAUGGGAGAUGAGAUUGACCAAUACGGCAAGGGUAUAUUUUGUCGACCAUAACACUAAAACAACUACAUGGGAUGAUCCUCGACUUCCUUCUUCCUUAGAUCAGAACGUACCACAAUACAAGCGCGAUUUCAGGCGGAAGCUCAUUUAUUUUCGCUCACAGCCUGCACUCCGUAUCUUGUCUGGCCAAUGUCAUAUCAAACGGUUAAUGGUCAAGUUUGACGGAGAGGACGGGUUAGACUAUGGUGGUUUAUCCAGGGAGUUUUUCUUCCUCCUUUCUCACGAGAUGUUCAAUCCAUUCUAUUGUCUCUUUGAAUAUUCAGCCCACGAUAAUUACACCCUUCAAAUCAACCCCCAUUCUGGAAUAAAUCCGGAACAUCUUGCGUACUUCAAAUUCAUUGGGCGCGUGGUUGGCCUAGCAAUUUUCCACAGGCGCUUUCUGGAUGCUUUUUUCAUUGGUGCCUUCUACAAGAUGAUUCUAAGGAAAAAAGUGGUCUUGGCGGAUAUGGAGGGUGUCGAUGCAGAUUUUCAUAGAAACUUAACAUGGAUGUUGGAAAAUGACAUCACAGAUAUUCUAGACUUAACAUUUUCUACAGAAGAUAGUCGAUUCGGAGAAACGGUAACGAUUGACUUGAAACCUGGCGGUAGUGAGAUCGAAGUCACGAACGACAACAAACGUGAAUACGUUGAUCUUGUCACCGAAUGGCGUAUUGAAAAACGAGUUAAGGAGCAGUUCGAUAAUUUUGUUGAAGGAUUUCAUGAGCUCAUUCCGGCAGAUCUUGUCGGCGUUUUCGAUGAGAGGGAGUUGGAGUUGUUGAUCGGAGGUAUCGCGGAUAUCGACGUUGAGGACUGGAAGAAGCAUACAGACUAUAGAGGUUACACCGAGAGCGACGAUGUAAUCGUUAAUUUCUGGAAGUGUGUUCGAAGCUGGGAUGCUGAACAAAAGUCGAGACUUCUUCAAUUCACCACAGGUACAUCGCGUAUACCUGUCAAUGGGUUCAAGGACUUGCAAGGCAGUGAUGGACCACGUCGGUUCACUAUUGAGAAGGCAGGGGAAAUUCAGCAAUUGCCGAAGUCUCAUACAUGUUUCAAUCGAUUAGAUUUGCCCCCAUAUAAGAGUUAUGAUGUUCUUAACCAGAAACUAUCGUUGGCAGUUGAAGAAACUAUGGGAUUUGGGCAAGAAUAA